AUGGAACACGAAGCUGGCGACGAGUACAUCAGGCGCACCGCGGAGUUCAUCCGGACGCAUGAGGCCGGGCUGGCAGCCGCUGCCCCAGUGCGCAGGAGACGGACCAAGGCUCUCCAGCCGUCGGAGGCGUCCGUCUUCAACCCUGUCAGCUGGUUCUCCUCCGAUGCCCCCGCGGUGGACAAUGCAAAGCCAGUAGUGCUCUCGUUUGAUCCACAUCAUCUCUUCUACCUGUUCAUGCGCAUGGAGGCUCUGGGCCUCGAUCUUGGCUCUUUGGACACCAAAGUCGACAAUCCAGCGCGGCCGAUGAACUACAUCAACAUCCCCAACAGAGGAGACAAGUCCGACGCUCUCUCAUUCGUGUCCUUCCGUUCUUCGUUCUCCGCCGUCUCUCGCCUCUCGCUGGGCGCAGGGUGGUGGGGCCGGGCUGCCCCACCCAGCGUGGACAGCGAACUCAAGUAUAUCUACAGCAGCUUCACCAAGGUUCCCGCUGUGGCCAUACACGCACCGGAACCGAGGCUCGUAGCGGAGAUUGCCAACGAACCGCCUAACGAGAACGCAUUGCCGCUCGAUGCGUUCAAGAACCUGCAGAGCUUGCAGUGCACGGAUAUCGACCCGCGGGCACUGCUUGGAUGGGAUAGGCUGGCGGAGAGUUUGCGCAGUUUGACCAUCAUGCGCAGUGGACUCGAGGACGUCUCAGACGUCUUUCUUGGCGCGGUACUGGAUGACCAGGCCAGGCGAGAUGGAAGGAUCAGUUCGAGCAGGUCGAGGCGCAUCGUGCGUGGCGUGUCGCGGCAGUCGUCGUUCCACAGCACACAGCUACCAGAGACUGUCCCCGAGGGUGACGAGGACGAGGAUGGCAAUGUGGCGGAACCCCAAGAGCCUGACACACCCAAGCCAAACUCGCCCUUCCCAUUAGCCUCUCUCAAGUGGGCAUUCUUGCGACAUCUGUCGCUCUCGGAUAACGCCCUGACCUUCCUCCCGACUACCUUCCUGACCCAGCUCACCUCCCUCACACACCUCGACCUCUCCUCCAACCUCCUUGUGUCCGUCCCUCCUGGCCUGUCCGCGCUCUAUAAUCUUGUAUACCUCAAUCUCUCCGACAACAUGAUCGACUCUGUACUAGGCAUAUACACUAUGCUUGGCGGUAUUCUCACACUCAACCUCUCCCGCAACCGACUCGAAUCAAUAUGCGGCUUGGAGCGACUUCUCAACCUCGAGCGUGUCGACCUCCGUCACAACCUCAUAGAGGAAAGCGCCGAGGUCGGUCGCCUAGCUACGCUUCCGAACAUCGCGGAGGUCUGGGUCGAAGGCAAUCCCCUUGGGGAGAUCGAGGAGGGCUACCGUAUACGCUGCUUCGACUUCUUCUGGAAGGAGAAGAAGACCAUCCUGCUGGAUGGGUCACCACCGGGAUUCUACGAGAAGCGCUACCUCACCUCGCCUCCGCCCGAGCAGAUGUCGUCGUCGCGGCCGCUAUCUGUCGCCCAGUCUCCUCCGGUUGUGCCUGUGGGCAGCCCAUCGAAGAUUAAUAGCGCCGCUGCCGCUCCCCGCGGAAGUCCUCUUCACUCUUCCCCCGCCGAUUCGCCGGCCUCGCAUCCGUCGUCUCCACACCUUGCACCCGCAGCGGCAAUCGCGCGCGGACGGAAGAAGAAGAACAAACGAAUAGUCGACUUGGACGGCGGGCGCGAGGGCAGCGAUGCAGGGAGUGCGCGGAGUGCAUCGCGCCCGGCGGAGGCUUCGAGGACGGCUAGUCCAGUGAAGCGUGCCACAAGAGCCGAGCAACGGCCUCCAUCUGCUAUGGCCACCCAGGUUGCGCCGCAACCGAGCCCGAUGUCACCGCCGGUGGCACCCUCCGUGAAGCCUACUCCCGUCGUCAAGCCCAAAUCGCGACACAGCCGACAUAUGACAGAGUUCGCGCCCUCGACAAACUCGGAGCUUGCGGAGGGCACGGACGCGUUCGCACCCUCAUCGCAUGGGUCCCUACGGAAGACAACGACGGUGUCGCGGUCGGCGGCGAGACGUGCACGCGUUUCGGCUUCAGUCUACGAGCCGAGCAAGGAGGACGCGACGGAGAGCCAGUUUCGGGAGGCGGACGCGUUCCGCGCGCGUAUCGAGGCCCUUCGGUCGGACAUGGGCGAGGGGUGGCUGAAGGUGUUCAACCAAUCGCAGCUGGCUUCGCCGCGCGCGGUGCAGCCGCCGUCGUAGCUCUCGCAAUCGGGGAGGAGGGCGUGUGCUCUUGGUCCCCUGGGGACUAUGUUUACCUGUUUCGUUGAUACCACAUGCAUUCGGAUUGUAGUGCUAGAGAUAUAUGUAGGGCCUCUUAAUGCGUUCUGAUUUGUUUU